GACGGUUUGCGAGUGGUGUGCGACAGGCAAGCUGCGCAGUCCUCGGCAAACGCGCCGCAGCCUCGCAGGGGAGUGGAAACAGGUGGAGCUGGCGGGCCGGUGGCAGCGACUUUCGCUGGCACCCUUGCUGCUCUGAAUGAUAGCGUUGUCAGUACAUUCAUUUCCUACCAUCUAUCGGAGGGGUGAAAGCCAGGAUGCCGCUGUAUGAUGUCAUUUGCCUUUUCAAGGCAGCUGCGGCGAGAAAAGAUGUUGUCGAGAUAAUGGCGUCAGUUGGAAGGCGUGUCUAUGCAAGGAACGGAGUUGUGACGAACGUCACUAGCUAUGGAGUGCAGCCACUUGGUUACCAGAUAAAGAGGCAGGGCACGCGCUUUGAUGAGGCCCAGCUGAUGCAGAUGACAUUUAUGGCGCCAACAGCAAUGGUCAAAGAGCUGCACGUCCUGCAACAAGACGACCGCCUGCUGCGACACUCUGUCCUGAAGCACAAGCCGUUCUGGAAGGAGGAGGUCAUCGACAACCAGUUGUGGUCGUACUUGGUCAACAAGAGUUCUGAUGCUUGGGACGAGGCUCGCGAAGAGGAAAUGGUGCCUGCUUCAACGAGCGAAGCAACGGAGGACUUCGAGGGCUUCGAGGACUUUGAUCCUGACUAUGAUCCGGAACUGGAGUUUGCUGCUGAUGAGCUUGAUGAGACUGACCUGGAGUCGGAGGAACCGGAAGCCAGUGGUGAAUCUAACGACACAGUCCGACAUGCGUACAACGCGGAAGAUCCGAGUGGGGAAACGCACGCAAGUGCAUCUGAUGACGACAAGCAAGGGGCUUAUGAGGCGCUUUUGAAAUGGAGAAUGGAUUUUAGAAAUAGGCAGAGACGAAGAACACGGACUGCCGUUGACGAAGACGACGAAGAUGGCAAGGAUGCUUGAAGAAGGCUUCCACUCUUUAUAUGCAAAAGUAAGUAACCCGAUU